AUGAAGCAUCUUCGACGAAAGCUUGUUCUGUUCACUGGCGCAGUUUGCCUACUUCUCCUCGUCGUACCGCUCGCGACACAAAUAUCAGGGCCUCAUACCGUGCCAUGGCACCCAGCACCCUUCGUCGAUACCGUUCUUAGACGUGCCGUCACGGAAAGUUUACCCAAAGGGGACGCGACACCUCAAGCCUCGUCUCGCAUUCGCAAUAUCCAACAAGGACUUACAUGUCUAAUGAGACAGUCCCAAUGGGCCGCAGGAAGCAGAAUUGCGCGUCUUAUGGCGGAUUCUACAUGUGCCCCUUCUCCCAACAGAGAUGCCACCAGAAGCCUGAAGCACGUUUGCUCUAUGAUACGCGGGAAAAACGUCCUCGUGGUUGGAUCCAGCAUGUCAUAUUUUCUUCAUAAUAUCUGGCUUCAUAUGCUUGCGCCAUUCGAUGGCCACCCACACACCUGCCUUGGGAUCGAUGUUUGCACCUGGCAUCAUAUCUGCCUUCCGCCCGGUGUUAAUUCUACUCUCGAGAGCUCUGGCCGGUUCAAAGUGGCACCCACUGACGAGGAUCUCCUUCGAACCGACUCAGCACUAUUUCGCUAUGUGUUGUCUGAUACGCUGCACCCCUCGUCGAAGCCUUGGGACGCCGCAUUCCAGAUACCCACUGUUGAUCCCUCGACAGGUGUGCGAUUGCGAGAGUCUUUCUGGAUCGGUAGAGCACGGGCUUCACAAGUAAUCGUUCUCAGCCGUCCUCCUGUACCUGCACCUGCCUGGACUCACGAUUCUACAUCCGCUGGCAACUGGUCAUUUCUGCGCGGCCUGCCUAUUGACGAAAGCUUGGCGGCGAUCCUCGACACCGAUGCUGAUCCUCCGCGAGAUGGGACUCUUUCCCUUCGACAAAUUCUGAUCCUCAACGCUGCCUUGCAUGCAACCGUAUCUGUCUUCCUUCCGUCGGUCUUGCAAACUCUGCAAAAGAUACAAAUAGAACCCCUUAUUCGCGCUCAAACGCUUCUUUGGCAUGGGAACUGGUAUACGAAUCCAUCUUGCGGCCGUUAUCAGAAAUCAUCGACAACGAACAUGAUGUUUCCACUAGGAGACGAUCCUUGGAUUCUGUAUCAUAACUUCCAAGGUACGAUGUCUGUAACGCCAUCUUCAAUCGUAUAA